UGCAUCCUUCUCAUCUUGUAUCUUGCUUUUUUGAUAAAUAUUCCGCGAAUAAUUGAAUUUUAGUACUUAUUUAGUGUUGCUGCAAAAAUAUGUUGAACGUUUUAUAUGAAACCAAACGGUCUAUUCGUAAUACCAGUGAUUCGAAACCUACAUUAUUGCACAAUGAAAAAAUCCGCCAAAACAGAUGCUGCAGCCGGUAGUUCUCGGUCCGAUGAGCCCGCUAAGAAGCAAGCAAAAUUAGAAAACAAAAAUUUUGUUGAGUUGUUUGAUGCUAACCGAAAAACCGCUGCAAAGUCCAUACUGGAUUUUGAUUUCAAGAAAAAACGAGUACGCGUUCUGUCCGACGUGCAGGAAGUACAGGAAGGGAAAAAAGGUAUACUAUACUGGAUGUCGCGGGACGCACGGGUACAGGACAACUGGGCAUUUCUCUUUGCGCAAAAGUUGGCACUGAAAAAUGAACUUCCGUUACAUAUCUGUUUCAACUUGGUCCCUACGUUUUUGGAAGCUACUAUCAGACAUUACAAGUUUAUGCUGAAAGGUCUAGAACAUGUGGCUAAAGAUUGUGAAAACCUGGAUAUACAUUUCCACAUGUUGACUGGAAUGGCUCGAAAUACGGUACCAAAAUUCGUUCGCGAUCAAGAAAUUGGGGCUGUUGUUUGUGAUUUUAGUCCUUUACGGAUACCGAUGCAAUGGGUUGAAGAGGUUGGUAAAGCAUUACCUUCAGAAGUUCCGUUCUGUCAGGUGGAUGCUCACAACAUUGUGCCUCUAUGGGUUACUUCGGACAAACAGGAGUACGCAGCCCGCACUAUCCGUAGUAAAAUCAACAAAAACCUUGAUACAUAUCUGACCGAGUUUCCACCCGUAAUCAAGCAUCCAUACAAAGAAACUAUUCGACCGAACACCAUCAACUGGAAGAAGUUGUUGGAUAGUGUAAAAGUAGAUCGAACCGUGGACGAAGUUGAUUGGGCGGUACCCGGUUACGAAGGAGGUAUCGCAACCUUGCAAAGUUUCGUCGAAAACCGAUUACGUAAAUUCAAUGCAAAGCGUAAUGAUCCCACAGAAGAUGCCUUAUCCAAUCUUUCACCAUGGUUUCACUUUGGACAGAUAUCUGUUCAGCGAAGCGUGUUAGCUGUAAAAAAGCAUGGUAAAGGUUUUACCGAAAGCGUUGCUGCUUUUUGUGAAGAAGCAAUAGUGCGACGAGAGCUCUCGGAUAACUUUUGCUUCUAUAACCAACACUAUGACAGUUUAAAGGGUUCUUACGACUGGGCACAGAAAACGCUUCAGGACCAUCGUAAAGACAAAAGAGCGUACAUCUAUACGAGGCAAGAGCUGGAAGAAGCGAAAACGCACGACGAUUUGUGGAAUUCGGCACAAAUUCAGAUGGUUCGGGAAGGUAAAAUGCACGGAUUCCUGCGAAUGUACUGGGCCAAAAAGAUUCUGGAAUGGACGCGAACCCCCGAGGAUGCACUUGAGAUUGCCAUCUAUUUGAACGAUCGUUAUCAGUUGGACGGGCGAGACCCGAAUGGUUACGUGGGCUGUAUGUGGUCCAUCGGGGGCAUUCACGAUCAAGGCUGGCGUGAAAGGGAAGUGUUUGGAAAGAUUCGCUACAUGAACUACGACGGAUGUAAGCGCAAAUUUGACGUAGCCGCCUUUGUGGCCCGCUACGGUGGAAAAGUGCACCGCAGGAAGUAGUGAGACGAUUUGGUCGCAAUGCGGGCAAACGAUUUGAUCUGUUUUUCCAAGUUAUUUUGAACUUAGUCUAUUUAUAUUUUGUUGAGCUGAUAUGUACCUGUUAAAUUAACGUUUGAUACGAAA